AUGAGUUGCAGACAGAUCUCAUCUUUCUGGAGUCGCAGCAGCAGCAGCAGCGGCUGUGGCGGUGGAGGCAGAAAGGGCAGCGGGAGCAGCAUGCAGUCUUCUUUCAGUCGCUCCUCCAGGGUUGGUGGAGGAGGCGGCCGCUUUAGCUCUUCCAGUGGUUUUGGUGGGGGUGGCCUUGCAGCCUGUGGAAGUUUUGGCUCUAGCUAUGGUGGAGGAGCUGGAGGGGGCUUUAGUGCAGGGAGUUCCUGCAGUAUGUUUGGGGGAGGUUCUAGGGGCUUCGGUGGUGGCUCUGGCGGUGGCUUUGGCGGUGGCUUCGGUGGUGGCUCUGGAGGUGGCUUCGGUGGUGGCUCUGGAGGUGGCUUCGGUGGUGGCUCUGGAGGUGGCUUCGGUGGUGGCUCUGGAGGUGGUGAAGGUGGUAUUCUGAAUACCAAUGAGAAGGCUGUCAUGCAGAAUCUCAAUUCCCGUCUGGCCGCCUACAUGGAUAAAGUACAGGAGUUGGAGGAGGCCAACACCUCCCUAGAGAAGCAGAUCCAGGAAUGGUAUUCAAAGAAGGGGCCCAGAAUCUUCCAUAAGGACUACUCUCAUUUCUACAACACUAUCGAAGACCUGAAGGACAGGAUUGUGGAUCUUACAACAAGGAACAACAGAACACUCCUGGACAUGGACAACACUCGCAUGACUAUGGAUGACUUCAGAGUUAAGUUUGAAAUGGAGCAGACCUUGCGGCAAGGGGUGGAUGCUGAUAUUAAUGGCCUGCAGAAGGUGUUGGAAGGUAUGAAGAUGGAGAAAGCUGAUCUGGAGAUACAGCUUGAUACCCUGGAUGAUGAGCUGAAGGCCAUUAAGAAGAAUCACCAGGAGGAGAUGAAGCAGCUGACAGGCCAGAAUGAUGGAGAUGUUAGUGUGGAGAUAAAUGUUGCCCCUAGCACAGAUCUCACCCAGAUCCUCAACGACAUGCGUGAAGAGUACGAGCAACUCAUUUCUAAGAACCGCCAGGACAUUGAGCAACACUAUGAGUCCAAGAUGACCCAGAUUGAACAAGAAGUGACAAACAGUGGCCAAGAGAUGGAGAGCAACAUGAAGGAAGUGUCCCAGCUCCAGCACAAUAUCCAGGAGUUGGACAUCGAGCUGCAGACUCAGCUUAGCACGAAAUCGGCCCUGGAGAAGGCUUUGGAAGACACAAAGAACCGCUACUGUGGCCAGCUGCAACAGAUCCAGGAACAGAUCAGUCAGGUGGAGGCCCAGCUUGCUGAGGUCCGGGCUGAAACUGAGUGUCAGAACCAGGAAUAUGGCAUUCUGCUAUGCAUCAAGACAAGGCUGGAAAAAGAAAUUGAGACUUACCGCAACCUCCUUGAAGGCGGCCAGCAAGACUUUGAAUCUUCUGGAGCUGGACAAAUUGGCUUUGGAGGUGGCAAAGGAAGACAAAGAGGAAGUGGGGGCAGCUAUGGAGGAGGAAGUGGGGGUGGCCAUGGAGGAGGAAGUGGAGGCAGCUAUGGAGGAGGAAGUGGAGGCAGCUAUGGAGGAGGAAGUGGGGGCAGCUAUGGAGGAGGAAGUGGGGGCAGCUAUGGAGGAGGAAGUGGGGGUGGCCAAGGUGGAAAAAGUGGAGGUAGCCACGGAGGAGGAAGUGGAGGAAGCUAUGGUGGAGGAGGAAGCAGUUCUGGGGGAGGCAGUGGAGGAAGCUAUGGUGGAGGAAGUGGAUCCAGGGGUGGAAGUGGAGGUGGCCAAAGUAGAGGAGGUGGCUCCAAGGGAGGAAGUGGAGGCAGCCAUGGUGGAGGAAGUGGUUCUGGAGGAGGAAGUGGAGGCAGCCAUGGUGGAGGAAGCGGUUCUGGAGGAGGAAGUAGAGGCAGCUAUGGUGGAGGAAGUGGUUCUGGAGGAGGAAGUGGAGGCAGCCAUGGUGGAGGAGAUAGAAGACCCUCUCAGUCCCAGUCCUCAAAGUCUGCCGACUGUGAUGAUGACUCCCAAGGCUACCAGAUGCGAUACUAG